AUGGCUCUUAGCGCGAGAGGUACGCAGAUGAUCGUGAUCGUUUCGGUCCUGGUCGCUCUUUGUGCUAUAUGUGUGGCUUUGCGCGUGGUGGCGCGUUUACGCCGGAGAGUUGGCUUUGGCGUGGAUGACUAUCUGAGCAUCUUGUCAAUGGUUCUGAUGCUUGCUAUGCUAGUCGAGUUGAUUCUAUGGUGUACAAUUGGAGGGAAUGGCGCUCAUGUCAAUACACUGGACAACGAGACAAUUCAGAACUAUUACAAGAUCUUCCUCGCCAACCAAUUCACAUACUUCGUGCUAUGCCCCGCAAUCAAGAUAUCUAUCAUCUGCUUCUACCGCCGAGUGUUCACCACGCCCCAAUUCCAACGAUUUACCUUCGGCCUAAACUGCCUCAUCGCCGCCUGGGGAACCGGAAUCUUCCUCGCCUGCGCCGGACAAUGUCGCCCCCUAAAUGCAUACUGGGAUAAAAGCAUCGAUGGUCACUGCUUCAACGCCAACCUCUUCUUCAUCGUGAACCAAGCUUUCAACGUUCUGAUGGACUUCGUUAUCCUCGUCCUCCCGGUGCCCAUGAUCUGGGGACUCCACCGAGCCUGGCAAGACAAACUUGCCCUAAACGGCGUCUUCGCGAUAGGGGCCUUCGUCUGCUUCGCCAGUAUUUACCGCAUCGUGGUCUUGUUCUGGAUCAGUCCCGUCGAUCCUACAUAUACAGUUUACCAAGCAACAUUAUGGACGCACAUUGAGCCUUCGGUUGGGCUUAUCUGUUCUUGUCUGCCCAUCGUCCGAGGCUUGUUCCCAGCAUUCACGUUGAAAAAGGGGUCAAAUCGCAGCAAUGCUCCGUAUUAUAUUAACACGGAUAUCAGCAAUUCGCAUAUUUUGUCUAAGUCGAGUCCUAUUUCACCAGACCCGGAGUAUUUGAAGAUGCAGUCCGCUAUCUAUACUGGGAGUCAGCCUACAAAGAGGAACUGGUUGGGUGAUGAGCUUGGGAUUCAGGUCCAGACUGAUAUUGCUAUUACCCCUGACAAUGACUCAACUACAGCGUUGAAGUCGCAUACUUGA